AUGUCACCCCUCGAGAUCCUCCAAAAUGAGCUCAAAACGCUGCAACGCAAAGUCGUCAAAUGCAACGAGCAACGCGCCAAGAUCCGCCGCCUCAUCUACAGCAAGCACCUUAGCCCCGAAGCCGCGGCACUCUUCAAGAAGGGCACCAUCGCACGCCAAGGGGCCGAGGAAUGGGCGGCGCUGAAGGCGAACGAGAAGACGUAUACGGACUGGGCGGAUGAGUAUGGGUGUGCGAUUGCGGUUGUGGAGGAGAUGAUUAGGGAGUUGAACGGCGUACCGGAGUUUGAGUUUGAAGAGUAA